GCGUGUGUGUGUGAGCGAUGCUGCAUCCUCCCUCCAGUGCGAGUGGUCUCCAGUAAACAGCAGUCAUGGCGACGGUGCUCCAACAGCCGCUCACCCUGGAUCGAGAUGUUGCCCGAGCCAUCGAGCUGCUGGAGAAGCUGCAGGAGUCGGGCGACGUUCCGGGCCACAAGCUGCAGUCCCUGAAGAAAGUGCUGCAGAGCGAGUUCUGCACGGCCAUCAGAGAGGUAUACCAGUACAUGCAUGAAACCAUCACCGUCAACGGCUGCCCAGAGUACCAGGCCCGAGCCACCGCCAAGCUGACGAGCUUCCUUGUGUGCUGGUCCAUGCAGGCCACGGUGGCCGCCUUCGCUGCCAGCGAGGGGCACUCUCACCCGCGGGUGGUAGAGCUUCCCAAGACGGAGGAAGGCCUGGGCUUCAACGUGAUGGGCGGCAAGGAGCAGAACUCUCCCAUCUACAUCUCCCGCAUCAUCCCCGGCGGAGUGGCGGAACGUCACGGCGGCCUCAAGCGGGGCGACCAACUUCUGUCUGUCAACGGGGUGAGCGUGGAGGGCGAGCACCACGAGAAGGCAGUGGAGCUCCUGAAGGCGGCCAAGGACAGCGUCAAGCUGGUGGUCCGCUACACGCCCAAGGUGCUGGAGGAGAUGGAGGCCCGCUUUGAGAAGCUGCGCACGGCCCGCCGGCGCCAGCAGCAGCAGCUGCUCAUGCAGCAGCAGCAGCAGCAGAACCUGUCCAGCCAGCAGAACCACAUGUCGUUGUUCCAGAAGAAGAAGAAGUGAAGCGGGAUGUGACGUUUGGAUCUCUUGGUGCUGAAGAUUCCAAAGCUGCGUCAACGAGUUGAAGGACUUUUCCCUUCCGGCAUUCCCGAGCAAAAAAAAAAAACGCAAGUGUUUGUCCUGAUGAAUUUGGUGCUUUUGGACGGUCCUUUUUACCUUUUCUACAUCCUUCUCUGCUGAUCUCGUGUUUGUUCAGCAUGUUUUUGUUGCCCAUCAUGGUUUUUUGGAGCAAAGAGAUGUUUUUAUUGUAGCAAAGAAUGCAGUUUGUUAGCAAUAAACACAUGCAAGCUUCAUUUGACCACCAAGAAAAUGAAUGACAUGGAUAAUGAAUAAUUAGUCAUCUCGAAAAUGUGUUAAUAAUUGCUUCAAAAUAGGAAUAUAUCCCUUUUCUUCCUCACACAUUUCAGUUUUAAUUUCAAUUUCUGUGUUUUAACCUCUUCUGGUUGUUGUGCAAUACUGUUAGACGACACACGCAGAAUGUCAACCCAAAUCAUAUUUUAUUUAUGAGAUUAGAGCUUUAUCAGAAUUUUAUUGCUCCUUUUGUGUUGACAGAUGAUGAUGACAUUGUGCUAAAGCGUGUCUAACGUGUGGGUGUUUGUGUUUUGACAAUCAUGGUGAAAAUGUGGAAUUGUUUUUCCAGAUUAUUUUUUUCCUGCCUUGUGAGGAUACGUCAUUUUUAGAGAUUAUUUUCUGAUGUGUUUGACGGUGUUUUUGUGCCCUGUUGUCAUUUUCUCUCCUGAUCUUUUGUUUCUUCAGACACUUUUUGUCCUCUAUCCAUCCCAAAGUGACCAAAAAGCAUAAGCAGCAUCACAUCUUUUAUUUCCUUCCUUGGACUGCGUUCAUUUUACGAGUGCGACACUGUGCCACAGUGUGCCACACUGCCAGAUUUGUACCCGUCGUGGUAAAGCCAGAUGAUUUUGUCCCUCAACGCAUUAUUUUCUAUCUUCCAGUCACAGGUACAGUUUCUUAUUUGACUUUUUUGGCGAUGGCGGUCCUGUGCUUCAUGGAUUUAAAAGAACCACACAUUGUUAAUAUGCAAUUGUUAUACAUAAUAUAUUUGUAUAAAUAAAUCUAUGUGCUUGUGUACAGUGAACACUGA